ACAAGAUGGAAAAGCCGAUGAUGACGAUGAUGAUGAAGAAGAGGAAGAGGAAGCCCCCCCUAACAACAACAACAAUAACAACAACAACAACAACAACAACAACAACAACAACAAAACCACAACAGCUGAACUUCCCUCACCCCCUCCACCUCCACCUCCUCCUCCUCCUCCUCCUCCACCUCCUCCUCGCCCCAACACAAGCAUACCCACACCCACAUCCCACCGACCCUCAGCCCCCACGCCCACAGAAUACCCAGGAAGGAAGAGGAGUCCCGGGGGGCGUGAUGGCCAUCCUGAAGGACUCCCGCCACAGUCCUGCAGCAGGAGUCCACCACUUAGAGAUGGAGACGAGCAAUGGAAUAAGAUUGAUGCAAAGAGUUGAGCCUAACGAUGGAGACCUGGGCGGCACAGUGACCAAAGGCGCAUAUAAGUUCACGCACCCAGAUGGAACCAUUCAUGAACUCUCCUAUGUGGCGGACGAGCACGGCUUUCGACCCACCUCCAACAUGCUGCCUGUCCCCCCGUCGAACCCCCACAGCCGGAACCCAGUCCCCCACGCCCCCCACCACGCCCCCUUCCUCCCCCAAGCAAAGGUCGACCCCAGCUCCUCCCCAGUUCAGCUCCCCGCCACAAUCAACCUGAGGGGGAGGAAUCCAGCACCAGGACCCCAGAACUCACCAGGUCCCCAGUUGAAGGAAACACCCCAGGACACUCCCCCAGUCCCCCAGUAUGCUCCCCUAGUACCAAAGUUUACUUCCCCGCUAUCCCAGUUUUCACACCAGGUACCAAAAUACACCCCCACGAUACCCCAGUUCAGACCUCCUACCCCCCAGUUCGCUACCCCAGUCCCAGACCCAGCACCCCAGUACAAGGAAAAGAAACCCCAGACUUCACCCCAGCUACCAAAAUACACACCAACGGUACCCCAGUUUAGACCUCUUACCCCAAAGUACACUCCCCCAGUCCCCCAGUACAACCCCCCAGCAAAUGAGUUUAAGGAGAAGAAACCCCAGAAUCCACCCCCAGUUCCAGAGUACAAGAAAGACAAACCCCAGUAUGCAUCACCACCUCCCCGGCUCUCACCCCAAGUUCCCCAGCAUAAGAAAACUCCCCAGGUACCCCAGUCUUCACCCCCAGCUCCCCAGUACCAGGUAGAGCCUUCUAAUGCCCAGUUCACCCCGGAUACCCAGCACUUAGACCCCACGCCCCAGGAUGAUGUCCCCCUGUAUAAACCCCAUUACCCCAGUAACGUGCAGACCCCAGAAUAUAAGGAAGAGACACCCCAGCUUAACGGGAACCAGUAUGGGGGACCUGACGCAUACCUUGAUGGACCCCAGCAUUCAUUCUUCGUCCAAAAAGAUGCCUAUGGGAACGAGAAACCCCAGUACAGGGAAGAUGAAUCCCAGGACAGUGAAGAUAUCAACACACCCCAUGCAGAACCCCAGUAUACCGAACCCGGAUCACUGGGGGAGGAUGAAACCCCACCCCAGUAUGAGAAAGAGGAGUUUGAGUACGUUAAAGAACCCCUGUAUGAGAACCCAGUCCCCCAGUAUGAGAAACCGACCCCCCAGUAUGAGAAACCAGCUCCCCAGUAUGAGAAACCAGCCCCCCAGAAUGAAAAACCAGCCCCCCAGUAUGAGAAACCAGUCCCCCAGUAUGAAAAACCAGCCCCCCAGUAUGAGAAACCAGUCCCCCAGUAUGAGAAACCGGCACCCCAGUAUGAGAAACCAGCUCCCCACUAUGAGAAACCAGCCCCCCAGUAUGAGAAACCGGCCCCCCAGUAUGAGAAACCGGAGGAACAAUAUGAAAACCUUGAACAGUAUGAGGAACUUGAACCCCAGUAUGAAAACCCGGUACCCCAGAGCAAGGAAGAGACCCCCCAGUACCCUUUCCUGCUCCCCCAGUACACGGAACCCCAGUUUAAGGAAGAGACAGACUGGGAAAACGCAAAAUAUGGAGAGAAAACGAAGAGAAAAGCGACGAAAUCUCAACCCAAACAAACCCAUUCAGAGGAGGAGGAGGAGGAGGAGGAAGGCGAGGAGGAUUAUGAUCUCUUCUUCUCCCCCCACACGUCCCAGUACUCCCCCGGUUCACCCCAGUACGAGCAGAAGCAGGAACCAACCCUCUUCUACCCUGUGGUGACGAGUGCUUAUGAAACUGAGUGGGAUUCGAACACAUGGACGCCGGAAGAGAAGGUAUGGAAUAGUGCAGUGGAGAGCCGACUUGGGGACACUCCGGUUUACAUCCCAGUCCGAGAGAGGGGUAAGGGGGAGGAAGGGGAAGAGGGGGAGGGGGAGAGUGAGGGGGAGUCCAGUGUAGGUUCAUCUUUUGCGAGUCCACUUACUCAAAAUGAAUCUGUGUUUACUAAGGCAAAAUCCGGUUCAGAGGAGAUGGAGGAGGAGGAAGAUACGGUCCAGGGUAGGGAAGGAUCCAUUAGCGAACAUAAUCUAUCUCUUCCACACGAGUCCACACCAGAGCAAGUCCAGGGUGAAGACCAGACUUCAAUCUCCUCACCAGACCAAGUCCAGAACUACUACACAGAAGGUCUCUACACCCAACAAAGUCCAGAGUCCGACCAGGCAACGCGUCAGACCGAAUUCCCACAAGACCAGUUCAACCAAGGAGAGGAGGACCAUAACCCAGUCCAGUUUGAUACCACAGCAAGUGAAGUCCUCUAUACAGACAGUUCCGAGUCCGGACAAGCUCUCCAGACCCAACCCAGUCCAGAUUCCGAUCAGGUAAAGCGUCAGACCGAACUCUCACUAGACCAGCUCAACCAAGGAGAGGAAGAUCAUGACCCAAUUCAGUUCGCGAGCCCAGUAAGUUCACACUCUGUCCAAGCUCUCCGAAGCCAACCCAGUCCAGAUUCCACCCAUUUAACGCAUCAGAUCGAACUUUCACUAGACCAGCUCAACCAAGGAGAGGAAGAUCAUGACCCAGUUCAGUUCGCGACCCCAGUAAGUCCACACUAUGCCCAAGCUCUCCGAAGCCAACCCAGUCCAGAGUCCACCCAGGUAUCCCGCCAGACCGAACUUUCACUAGACCAGAUCAACCAAGGAGAGGAAAGCGAUCCAGUCCAGUUCGAGACCCGAGUAAGCCCGGAAGUCCAGACCACUGAUACACAAGACCAGUUCCUUCACCCAGUCCAGGAGGAGAGCUCAGCGGACCUUCAAAUACCAAGAGAGGACUUUGAGGGUCUUCAAGUCUUCGAGGAGAGUCCAGUCCACGAGGAGGUCCAGGUUGAGUCCGAAGCUUACCAGGGUCAUUUUGAGGAGGGUUCUAACGGCGUACCGAAGCAGGAGGUUGAUUUAGUGAACGUUGAGCCAGAAACAAGAGAAAAUUUUGAGGUUUUAGAUGAGGUUCAGUUAGAAGAGGAAUUAGAGAAGAGAAAUGAGGAGAAGGAGGAGGAAGAGGUAUUGCAGGAAGAGGUAAUGGAGGAGGAGGAGGAGGAGGAGGAGGAGAUAAGUUAUACCUCCCCAAUCAGUGCCACUAUCUCCUCCCUCCACACUCCCUCCAUUGUUGAUUUGAUUUCCUCUCCAAUUGUGUGAUGUAAAACUACUAUUAUUAUCAUCAAUUAAAAACACAGGUGAGGCAGGUAAUAAGAACGUUGAUUAAGAGGUGAACAGGUAGGAGACGUGUCGAUUACAGGUGAGGUCAAUCUUAUACCUGAACCCGUAUCAAACCCUUUGCUGUGAUUUCCCUUGAGAUUAGAUUCCUUGCUGGAGGUUUGGAAGUCUGUCUAUGCAUCUAUCUGUCUGUCUGUCUAUCUGUCUAUCCAUCCAUCGUUGUUUUUGUUAUUUUUUGUUGUUAUUUUGUAUAUAAGAAAUGUUGAAUAAAGACUUUGUUGAAAUUAUA